UAAGGGAAGACAGCCAGUGGGUGGGCUGGGCUGUGGUCUUACCUUCUGACACUAAAAGCUGGUUUAUUAGAUAAUUUCACCUAAAACAGAAAUACAGGUUCAUCACAGGAUGAGUUAGAGGCUCUCCCUGCCGUGUGCCCGUGCACUGAAACAUGGAUAGAUGCGGUGUCCACGUCCUUCUGUUGCUCCUGCUGCUGACCCUGCAGACAUCAGCAGAGGGCUCAGAUGGACAUCUAGUGUGUGUGUGCGAUACCCCUAAAUGCCAGGACACCCAGUGCCAUGGCUCGCGGUGCUUCUCUUCUGUUAAAGUCAUUGGCGGUGGGGUUGAGUUCGAGCGCGGCUGUCUGGAGGGGUUGGAGAAAAUCAAACUGCAUUGCUCCACAGCUCCGUCCUCGCACCAAGCCAUUUUCUGCUGCUCCCAGGACAUGUGCAAUGGCAACACGAGCAGGAGCUCGCUGAUGUCUCUACUGCCAUCAGCUCCACAAGGAGAGCCAGUCCGGUAUCGUUUAGAGACCUUAGCCCUCUUUGUUCUCGGUCCUGUGGUGGUUCUGGCUUUGCUGUCCAUAGUGUCGGUUUUGGCCUGCAGGAGACUCCACCACGGCCGUCUGCAGAGGCUGCAGGAGUUCGACACGGAGCAGGGAGCCAUAGACGGCCUCAUCAGCUCCAACGUUGGAGACAGCACUUUAGCGGACUUGUUGGACCACUCGUGUACAUCAGGCAGUGGUUCAGGUCUUCCCUUCCUUGUGCAGAGAACUGUGGCAAGACAGAUCAGUCUGAUGGAGUGUGUGGGUAAAGGAAGGUACGGAGAGGUGUGGAGGGGGCAGUGGCAGGGGGAGAAUGUGGCUGUUAAGAUCUUCUCCUCCAGAGAUGAGAAAUCCUGGUUUAGAGAAACCGAGAUCUACAACACUGUGCUGCUAAGACAUGAAAACAUACUUGGCUUCAUGGCGUCUGACAUGACUUCUCGUAACUCCAGCACCCAGCUGUGGCUCAUCACUCAUUACCAUGAGAACGGUUCUCUCUAUGAUUACCUGCAGCGGGUUGCUGUGGAGACGUCAGAAGGCUUGGCGAUGGCUGCAUCAAUAGCGUGCGGCCUGGUGCAUCUGCACACGGAGAUCUUCGGCACUGAGGGGAAACCUGCCAUCGCACACCGGGACCUGAAGAGUAAAAACAUCCUGGUCACAAAGGAGCUGCGCUGCUGCAUCGCAGACCUGGGGCUGGCUGUGACACACUCACAGGCAGAUAACCAGCUGGAUGUGGGCAACAACCCAAAGGUUGGCACUAAACGCUACAUGGCACCAGAAGUGCUGGAUGAGACCAUCCAGACGGACUGCUUUGAUGCCUACAAGCGCGUGGACAUCUGGGCCUUUGGAUUGGUGCUGUGGGAAAUUGCAAGACGCACGUACAGCAACGGUAUUGUUGAGGAGUACAAACCUCCGUUCUACGAUCAGGUGCCCAAUGAUCCCAGCUUUGAGGACAUGAGGAAAGUUGUGUGUGUGGAGCAGCAGAGGCCUUUUAUUCCCAAUCGUUGGUUUUCUGAUCCUACUCUUUCGGCUCUGGUUAAACUGAUGAAAGAAUGUUGGUACCAGAACCCGUCCGCCAGACUCACAGCGCUGCGCAUCAAGAAAACCCUGGACAAGAUCCACAGCUCCCUGGAAAAGGGCAAAGAGUCGUGAGAGGAGCCUCGGCCUACAGAAGACUUCCUUUUUGUUACCAACAGGGGGUGACAAAGAGAACGGACAGAGAAAAGAGUCGAAAAGCAUCAUCCAGCCUCAUCCCUCUCCUGGCUCUCUUACCUUUUUUCUGUGGUCGUCUUCCACGAGCAUCCUUCUCUCUCUGGUGUUUGGAUCUGUUCUUUCUGAAUACGCCAGCCUUUACUACGGGACAUAAACCGCACUGAACUCUAGACUGAGUGUGAUCUACAUGGAUGGUUAUGGUAGUUCUCCAUCCAAACGCUUUAACGCCCAUUUAUGACUACUCCAAAACUACAGACACUCUCCACUACGUUACUGAGUCGACUACAAUUCAGUUACUGAUCCCCAGCCACUGCAGCUGCUCAGAGACAAUCAGACAUGUUUUAUGGUUUAGCUUUAUCUGAACAUGCCAACUCUACACACAAAACACUGAAAUGUUGACUAACAAAAAGGAGAAGAGCCAAUAGAAUCAAAGCUGUUUUUAAACUUUUGAAUAAUGUUUAUGUAUUAAAUCCAAUGCUACCACACUACUGAGGAUGUGCAAGACUGAUGUAUGAGGUUGCGUGAAACUGACUGUAUACAUAUAUAGGCAUUUACUCUACUGGACUUAGUGUACCCAUGUUUAUUGGAGCUAGUAGGAACUGAUUCUCAAAAAUAGGAACGAGGUAGAUCGUUCCUGAUUGUUUUAGAGACAAAACUGGAAAAAAACAAAGUGUACCUGCCAAUAGGAGUUAGUUUAUAAUAAGAGAGUAUAAAUGACGUGAUCCUCUCUGCCUUUAAACACUAACUGUGGCUCAUUUUAAAGAAGUCUUCUGUUCAGGCAGGGAGGAGUCGAGGUGAGUUUGUUUGUGGCAGAGCGGACAUUUUUAAUUUGAAGCGAGUGGGGUCUCUGUUUACUUCUCUCGUCUCCCAUAAUGCCACUCUGAAGAAGUUGCCUGAAUAACAAGAGAACACUCCAUCGUCAGUCUUUUUAUUCAAGGUUCAUUUUUCAUAAGAAACAAAGUUGCCUAGAUGAGCGGUUACAAUGAAUUUGUUCACAAAUGCUGGGUUUGUUUUGGAAAAAUGUUGCUCUGUCUUUUUUAUAUGUAAUAAAACAUUGCCUAACAAUUAACCGGCCUGUGUGA